AUGAGCAAUGAUUCACUUAAACAGCUUGUCAGAUACCACCGGAAUCAUCCAGAACCGAAAGUUGGUGCAGAAUUCUUUGGUUUUAUAAAAGAUGCUAACUACGUUGAUCCAGAUCCAUUUGAUCAUCAGAACUGGAGAAAUGAAGCUGAAAUGAAAGAGGCAGCGUAUGCUGAAGAGUUGAAAAUUCUUGAAGAUUUCAAAAACAUCAAGAAUGAAUGGUAUGUGAAAGUAACAGGGAGAAGACGCAGAAAGGCCACUCCUAUUGUUCAAAAGGUUGAGGGAUCUUCUUCACAACCAAAGAAGAAGCAAAAGAAAGCUGCUAAAACGUCUUUGAUUGAUGAACCUGAAGAAGAUGAAACAGUGGUAGCUACGGAAGAAGAUCCGUUUAAUGUUGAAGAACAUUUGUUGUUCGAUACUGAAAUCUUAGAGACAGGGCCAACUGUGGAAGUUGAAGCUGAGCAUGUUGUGAAUGUUGAAGCUCAGAAAGGGAAAGAUAAAGUUAUUGAUAACAUUGAGGGAGAUGAUGUUGAUAAAGACACAACAAGUUCCUCGAGUUCUUCAGAUGAAGAAGUAGUAGAUGAAACCGAACGUCGAAAAAGAAUCCAAGAUGAGAUAGAAAAAGAGAAACAACUGAGGAAAAGAAAGAGACAGGAAAAGGACGAUGAUGAUGUAUAUGUUCCUUCUCCAGAACAUGUCUCCGAGUCACAAUCUCCUCCAGGUGGUAGAAAGAAAGCUGGAGCUCGUAAGAAAGUCAUAUCUCCAAAGAUCAGAAAAGUCACACCAAAGAUAUCAAAACCGAAGAUUGUGCUAAAGAAGAAACAAACCAAGGAAACCAGGAAACCACCAACACCACCACAUGAACCAACACCACCACAAUCACCAAUCCAAACACCACCCCGACAACCUACACCACCACAACAAUCUUCUCCACCUAAACAACCAACACCACCAAGACAACCAUCACCUAUUCAUCAUUCACCACUACAUCAUUCACCACCAUCACCACAACAAACCCUUCUUACAUCGCAAGAAAUUUUUCAAAUACCUCCACUCACCCAAGGUCAACUAACACCUGGUUCUGCGGGGUACCGAAACUUUCCUAAUGUUCCUUCAAAUUUGAAUGUGAGCUUUGAUGAUGUAGGAGAUUUUGAUUUCGCAAACACCUCACAAGUAAAGAAUGUUGAAAAGAAAGUUGAUGAAGUGAUUGCUGAGAACAAGAAGUUAGCCGCUGAAAACAAGAAAGUUAUAGAUCGUGAAAGAAUUCUUGAAAUGCGUGUAAAGAAGUUGGAGAUUGAUAAUAAAGAGUUGGUGAAAAAGAUUGAUUCUGAUCAGUCAGAGAUUGACAUCUUGAAGGUGAGAAUUGCUGAGCUGGAAGAAGAAAAGGCUCGACGAGAUGAGCAAAAUGAGUAUUUCAAGUUGAAGAACAAAGAACUUGAAGCAACUAAAGUGUUCAGAGAUCAUGAGUUCUACAUGUUGAAUAAAGUAGUUGAAAGCAUGAUCGGAACGUCUGUAGAGCAAAAGUUUGAAGAGCUGCAAGUUGAAGAGCUCAGAGCAGAACGUCAAGUUAAAAUUGAUGAACAAAUGAGAGACAAAGUCAAAGGUGUGGAAGGAAGUUCUGCAGUGACUGAGAGAUCGAUUGUUCCUUCCAUGGUCGUUGAAAAUCCUGAACCUAUCUCUGCUGUUUCUGGUCUUUUUGAGGAUUAUACUCUUCUUGAUGAGUUGAUUGGUGAUAGUGAUGAGGAAGAUGAUGAUGAGGAGGAUGAAGAGGAAGAUGAAAAAGAUGAGAAAGUCUAUUCUACGAGCAGUCAUGGUUCUGGUAAAGAUGAUGAUGACGAUGAUGCUCAGGGUGGUACAGGGUUGAAAGUUACUGAGGCUUCUACUGAAAAGAAUGUUGAUGAUUUGAUGAACGAUUCAGUGAACGAAGAAUCAGGGGGAGCUGAUAGACAGGGGGAGUCAGGUGAUGCACAGAAUGUUCAACAAGCUCAGAAGUUGAUUCUGAGAUUGGAUACUUAUCGUGAAGAAGGAGAGCAUUUCCAUACUUACACGUUGGAAGCAAUUAAGGAAAUGACUCGCAUGGUGAAUCCUGACUUUAAGUUCGAUUUUGAAGAAGAAAUGAAUGCCGAGUUUGAAGAAGAGUUGAAUGCCUUCGAUAUCAAUCAACAGCCUGAGUAUGAGUAUCGAUAUGUUGAAGAGGCUGACUUGUAUGAUAGAGUUGAAGUCGAAGACUGGACAGAUGAUGAAAGCGUUAAUGAAGAUACCUCACAGGUGCCAACUUGA